CUAUCAGAAGGUCAUAGCUCCCAGGAGGAAACGAAGCAACAGGGUACUUCUUUACCUUAAGGAAAAGGAGCAACGUUCAUCGGUCUCUAUCAGAAGAAGAAAUGAGCAACGCCGCUCUGGAAGAUUCACUCUCCAAUAACGCUACUAUUAUAGAGUAUGAGUAUUACGAUGAUGACGCUCCAAUCUAUAAACUGGAAAAAGCCAUGCACAUCAUCUCCAUGGUGAUCUACAGCCUUGCGUUUGUGCUGGGGGUGCUUGGCAACGGGCUGGUCAUCUUCAUCACCGGCUUCCGAAUGAAGAAGACGGUCAACACGGUCUGGUUUCUCAACUUGGCCAUUGCGGACUUCGCCUUCACUUUCUUCCUUCCCCUGAGCGUCGUUUAUUUAGCCCUGAGAUUCCACUGGCCCUUUGGAGGGUUCUUGUGCAAGUUGAACAGCACCGUGGCCUUCCUCAACCUCUAUGCCAGCGUUUAUCUCCUCAUGGUCAUCAGCAUUGACCGUUUCUUUUCUGUCUGGUAUCCAGUCUGGGCUCAGAAUCACCGAACACCUCGGUUGGCUUCUUUUGUGGCUUUGGGUGUGUGGAUCCUGGCCUUGGUGUUGUGUUCUCCAGUUAUGUAUUUCAGGCAAACAGCACCACUUGAAGAAAGCGAGGAUCAUAUUAACUGCUACACCAAUUAUGGUAACCCGGAGAUGCAAAAAAUCAGACAUCAUGCAACAAUCAUCAGCCGGUUCAUCUUUGCCUUCGUCAUUCCCUUCACUGUCAUUCUUUUCUGCUACGGGGCGAUCGUCUUGAAACUGAGACGCAAUCAGUUGUCUCAAUCUAACAAACCCUUUCAGGUCAUCACUGCAGUGAUUGUUGCCUUUUUUGUCUGCUGGUUACCUUAUCACAUUUUUAGUUUCCUUGAGUUAAAAGGACAUUCAGAGGUGCUGAGGAUCGGUGUUCCCCUGGUAACAAGCUUGGCUUUCAUCAACAGUUGCCUCAACCCCAUUUUGUACGUCUUCGUGGGCCAGGAUUUCAAAAAGAGACUGAGACAGUCCCUCUUUUCUGUAUUUGAGAAUGCCUUUACUGAAGAAAACAGCCAGACCGUAUCAACUAAUAAGACUAAAUCUUCAAUGGAGACCAUGUCCCACGUGCUCUGAGUCCUGCUGAGAUCUCGGUUCUCAAAACCCCUCCCCAUGCUAGGUUGACAAACAAAUCCCUUCUGAAUCUGCCUUGCAUUGCUCAAUUGCCCCAUCAGCUGAAGAGGUUCCUUGCUUUGAGGUUUGAAGAACCCAUCACAAAACCAACUGGCUGGAUGUAUCUUUGCAAUAGUGACAAAUAUCUGUAGCUCAGGUGUAGGAUGAGGGUGAAAGUUCAUUCUCCAAGCUUGUGGGUUGGUUUCCGAACAUUUCAUUACCAGGCUAGGAAACAUCUCCAGUGGAGUUUAGGGAAUGAUACCUUUGCAUGUAGCUAAUAAAGAUGUUCUGUUAAUACAUUUCUGUAAUCCUCAUCUGGUUCCCAAUGAAAAUAGGUACCGUAUUUUUCAGAGUAUAAGACGCACGUUCCCCUCCCCACUAAAAAAGGGUGAAAAUUUGGGUGCGUCUUAUACACCGAAUGUAGCCAAAAACGUGAAGCACAGAGGAGGCAAUGGUCUAUGGCAAUCCGUGCAUCCUGGAACAGUUGAUUGGGGGUAUUCCGGGAGACCGAUCCACCCACCAAUCAGCUACUCAUGCUGAAUCAGGCUGCAAUAAUGUGCUGAAGCUGACCUGGCUGUUUGCUAUUUGCUGCAAGGACUGUCAGAAUUUGCAGCAGCAAGCAAAACACAAGCAGAAGAGAGGAGUUUCAGUUUUAGUUUCAGAGAUCAGCACAGCAUGCAGCUUUAGAACAAUCAACCUAAGCCACACCCAGGCUCCUUGCUGUCUCCUUCCUUGUUGCUCACACAGCAAAUAUUGUUUCCAUUUCCAAACAGUUUCACACAUUGACAGGACGCUAGCCAGAUGAAUACUGAUGGAUGCUGGUAGAUAGAGGCAGAACAUUUUUUUUUCUUAUUUUCCUCCCCCAAAACUAAGGUGUGUCUUAUACUCCAGAGCGUCUUAUACUCCAAAAAAUACAGUAUAUGCAUUUUCAUGAAAACCCACAGAUCACAGUGGAUUUCAGUUAAAACCCUUUGCAAUCUGAUCAUCAACGUAAAUACAAUUACUACGUUGUAAAAUAACUUAAGAAGCAUGAAAUGAAUGGCUUGCUUGCUCUCCCACAUCCAUGUAUUUCUCAUGUUCAAAAAUAUCCUUUCAUCUAAUUGUAGAGUUGGAAGCCUUAUCAGCAUAUGUCCCUAUCCCUCUUCAUACAUUCCCAGAUUCUGCUUGAGAGACUUCUAGGACUUAUUUUCUACCAAUAAUGACUUUUGCGCACUUUUGCUAUAGAUAAUUGCUUUCAUUGCUGUAACUUUGAACAAUUGCUAAACAAAUGAUUGUAUGUUAAGGGCUACUUGUAAUGCUGCUCCAAAGGAGUUUUGGAUAAACAUGUUCUUUAUAGAAUAAUAAUAAAAAAAAUAAAGCAC